AUGCUUGCCGACGUGGAGGUGGAGGAGUUUGAAAGGCAAUGGGAGGCAAUGAUGGAUGAGUGUCUUGUUAGGGAAGUAGAGUGGGUAAAGGAUUUAUACACGAAGAAGAUGGCAUGGGCUACCGCUUACAUACGCGGUUGCUUUUAUGCUGGCUUGAGGACGACAUCACGAUGUGAGUCACUGCAUGCAAAGAUGGGGAGGUUUGUGGAGAGGCGAUAUGGAAUAUUGGAUUUCGUGACGAACUUCCAACGGUGUGUUGAAUUCUUGAGAGAUAAUGAGGAAGAGCUUGACUUUAGGUCGUUGUACGGGAGCCCGGUUCUUCAAACUCAGUUUCCGGAGCUAGAGAAGUCUGGUGCAGUGAACUACACGAGGGAAAUAUUUUUGCGUUUUAGAGAGGCCCUAAAAAGUAGUGUUCGGGUUACUAUCGUGGAGUGCAAGAAAUUGGAGGAUCGGACAGUUUAUGUGACACAAAAGUAUCGCAGGCCGCAAUCCAGGUGGACUGUUGCCCACCACUUUGGGACGGAUUCCUUUUUUUGUAGUUGUAUGAGGAUGGAGUCGUUCGAACUACCUUGCGUGAACAUACUUGCAGUGUUGGUCCAGUUAGACAUAGGUUAUCUUCCAAAAAGCCUGGUGUUGCAACGCUGGUCGAAGACGGCCAAAGUUGAAAUCGAGGGCCCUUCCAUCAUGAAUGAACCGGGUGAAGCGAAUGAGGUAUAUAGGAGCCGCAUGGGUGCUUUCCUGCAGCAUUGUAAGCGGUUGGCAAGAGUUGCGUGUAUGCGAGAGAGUGAUUUCAAGAGCUGCUUGGAUAGGAUAGUUGAGGAAACUUAUGUGUUAGAGAUGAAGAAUGGUGUUGGGACCGCUGCCCAAGGGACUGCCGCCGGUGGCCAAGAUGGAGUGCGUGAUCCUGUUGCAGUUCGGACUAAGGGAACAGGGCGUGCGCAAGAGCCUUUUGGUUGUAGGGGCAUAAAGAGGCGUAAGUGCAGCAACUGUGGAGUAGUGGGCCAUCGUCGAACCCGUUGCCCGAGUGGUCCAUGUAGCCAGCCGGUGUGUACCCAGGACCUCGCUGAAGGUGCUUUAGGGCGGGAUGAUUCACAGAGCCAUGGCACGGUGUCCGGCAACGACAAGCAAAGUAAGAGUCGAAGGAGGACCGUGCAUGUAACUUCAACCCCUUUGCACGAUGCAUGA